UUGUUGUUGCUAGGCUCUCGUCGAACGCGUUUUGGAUUUUGGGAUGUUGUACGGUGGGAUGGAUCACCACCAUAACUAGAAUAUUUACUUUUCGCAAGGCGACAACAUGUCAGUCUCAGAUGUUUUCGAGUCAGAGCUCAUAUUUGUCAUUAAAGAAUUAAUCAACGCAGCGCAGUUAGAGAUCGCCAAAGUCGUAAUAUCAUGUGGCGACGGGGAAGCCUCGAUGUCAACAGAGGGAAACGGCCCAAAAUGUCCGUGUACGCGUGAAGGACAGGAAAAUGAUAUGGUUCUCAUUUCCUCCAUACUGGAAAUGUUUGGACGUGAGGCUAUACGCAAGCUCAGCAGAACUUUUACAGAGUGCUGUGCCGCUUUGCAAAAUGAGUGCAAGCAAAGUAAACAGGAGAAUGCAAGCCUGAAGAGGAGGCUUAAGAAUAUGCAAAAAAGGCUUGAUGUUGUUGUCAACGAUCUAAUGUCAGCACAAGGAGAGUGUGAAACCCCAGCAGCCUUUACAGAAACAACAGGAUUGCCGGUAAUUCUGACAGCACCAACAACAUCAACUGCUGACAAUGCAGGAGUACCGGUAGUUCUGACAACAACUGCAGCACCCUUAACAACAUCAUCAGGCAAUACAGGAGUACCGGUAAUUCUGACAGCAACUGCAGCACCCUUAACAACAUCAGCAGGCAAUACAGGAUAUAUUCUUCUCUCAGGCCUGCCGCCCCUUACCUCACCUUUGCUGAUGCCAACAGACACCUUUCAGAAAGAUGAGAGUCUAGGAAUGGGGAGUUCCACACAGCAGAAUGGGCUCGACACAGACUGCAGUCUUCAGGAUUUCCAGGAUGAUUCGGAUGGAGAAAUGAUUGGAUAUGAGAUUCAAGAGGAUGUUUCUGAAGGCGUCUCAGCUGUGGGAGAAGAGGCAUUCAACAUCAGAGGCCGAACUCGUCAUCAGUUAUCCAACAGAAAAACAUUGCCGGUGGAUCUGAGUUUGACACCACCAGACCCAAACCAGCAAAUUGACAAAAGGAAGCCUGAAAAACCACACAGUUGUGACCAAUGUGAAAAGAAGUACUGGAGCCUAAAACUUCUUCUCAAGCACAAAGUCUUACAUGAUCGCAACUCACAACUGGACACCAGCUUAAAACAGGACACACCCAACUCACCAGAGGCUCGCAAAUACAAAUGUGACAUCUGUGAUAAAGUAUAUACCAAUGGAAGUUCCUUGCAUUACCAUAAGUCGGUGCAUGUUGAUGUGAAGCCUUUCAUAUGCUCAACUUGUGGUAAGGGUUUCGUUACAUCAUGGAGUCUUAAAAGCCACAAGCUCACCCACACAGGAGAGAAACCUUACACGUGUACAACGUGUGGGAAAGGCUUCACUCAGUCAGGAAGUCUGACUGUGCACGAGAGAAGUCAUUCAGGGGAGAGGCCUCACAAGUGUGAUCAGUGUCCCAAGGCCUUCCUUAAGUUACAAAUGCUAAAAAUGCACAAGGUGGUUCACACAGGUGAAAAGCCUUACAAAUGUGACCUGUGUGAGCAGAGCUUCGGCGUUCUCAAUAAUCUCAAGAGACACAGAUUGAUUCACACUGGCGCGAAACCGUUCGUUUGCGUGGUGUGUUCAAAAGGUUUCUCUCAGAAGACCCACCUGAAGACACACAUGCAGACACACAAAGGUGAAAAGCCUUUCAUGUGCGACGUCUGUGGGAAAACCUUUCUUUAUAACUUUGCUCUCAAAAAUCAUAUGCUAACACAUGAUGGGAGCUUUGCGAAUGGAGGGGAAACUGGAAGUAGAUUUCCAAUAAAAAAUCCUAGUGACCCCCUGACAUGUCCCGUAUGUGGUAAGCGCUAUAGUACUCCAGCUACGCUAAAAAUUCACAUAAUGCUGCAUACAGGACAAAAACCGUUUAAAUGUGAAGUGUGUAACAAAGCAUUUGCUCUGAAAAGCACUUGCAACCAGCACACCAAAAUCCAUACUGGGGAGAAGCCAUUUGCAUGCUCCUUGUGUCCAAAGCGUUACGCUUUUCGCCAGGCACUUAACAUACACAUGCGCAUUCAUACAGGAGAGAAACCGUAUGAGUGCAAAAUUUGUGGGCUGGCCUUCAAUGCAGACAGUAACUUUAAGAGACACUUGCGUGUUCACACUGGUGAAAAGCGGUACUCCUGUGAAGUUUGUGGAAAGCGGUUUGGUCAGCCUAAUAACGUGAAGGCUCACAUGCAAGUUCACACUGGAGAAAGGCCACAUUUCUGCGAGAGGUGUGGCAGGAGGUUUGCCUGUGUUAAAAACUUGAAAAACCACAAGUGUGUUCCAGAGCCGGCUGCAGAACCAAGUCGUUGGAUGAGCAUUUGAUGGAAUAUGGGGGGGGGGACCUUGGCGGGGGGUAUGGGUGUCCUCCCCCAGAAAAAAUUGUAUUUCUUAGAUGCAACUUCCUGCAUUUUAAUCCAAUUGUGGGCACCGUUUCAGCUCUAUAAGGAACAGUACUUUUGUAAAUACAGGACAAUCCCAUUAUUUCAACGGAUCACUGUUCACUUAUUAUUUCACAUUUAGGUCUACUGACAAAUUGUCAAUGUCAAUGCCUAAAUAUUGUAGCCUAUUCAUUUAUUUCUUUAUUAGGGCUAUGGUGGCAUUUUAUCUUGUACUUUAUAUUUACUGUUUUCAGAAAAAAAUACUAAUUUGUUGCAUAUUAAUGACCAUAUCAGCAUGUUUAGGUGAAUAGGCCCAGGGGCGGCACAGCAGCUUGGCUGGGGGGGCAAUGCCCUCCAAUGCCCCCCAGUGGCGCCGGCCCUGGUGUGUUCCCUGUUAAAUUUCACAUGAAAUCCUGUUGUCCCAAUAAAUCGUUUUGAACGUUGAA